AUGGUAGGCACAAUAGGUAAUUCCUACAGCCUGCAUCCCACUUGCCAAGCAAGGGAAAUGGGCACUCUCACGGAUUGGGAAGUUGUGGAGGGGCCACAAAUCAGAGUUGAAGGAGAAGAGCUGUCAAAAGAUAACAAAGAGCGGCGUAGGAAGCAAACGAAGCUGCACACUUUCGGAUAUAGAAGCAUGGCCCAAACUGCAUAUAGCAUUGCAAAAAAGAAAGGCAGACAACUAGAGAAAGGUGAGAUGUAUGAAGUGGCGUAUUCUCACUGUGAUGAUGCUACUGUGAAUGCCACUGCGGGAGUGAGCAUUACAAAGAUGAAACAACUUAUGACAGAGGGGUCACAAUUGCGGGUAAACGACAUUGAGGCUGGCAUACUUUGGCAACCCGAUGAUGCAUUUGGACAGGUCAUUGGUGCAGAGAGAGGUGGCCGUGUUAGAGGGGUAGGCUUUGGUCCAACCCCCUCUGGCAAUCGUGCGAGGUCAAUGGAUGACAGUACGCCACCUCCAACAUCUAUUGCAACCGAUCAAAGGGUUAUCGAGUUGUCCCCUCAAGUAGAAGCAAUGAAGGAGAAAUGCGCUCGUUAUGAUGCUGAAAUGAGGUUAAUGCGGAAGAUGUUGACUUCACUGUGCCCAUCGUUUCCUAGUAUGUCUAUGGUGAUUAGUGAGUUUUGA